CAUGUGUCUCACUAUUAGGAAAACGUAGAACAGUUUCAAAGUGAAAAUGAAAUAAGAUCUAUGGUCUGUAGAUCUACACUAGUGCCCUCUACAGGUCAAGUAGGAGCAUCAUCACUUGCUACUCAAUCUGUCAGUUUGGGGGAUACUUUAGUUGGAAUAACAACGAAACCUUCAUACAACAACAUCAGCAUUGUGAAGGAGUUUGUAGAAGGCCAUGCUCAUCAAAAUGACAUUCAUUUCUACUACACAUCUUCAGUAUCCACUCAAGCUUGCAAGUCUGGUCGUGCAACCACCAUUACUCUUCACUGUGAUAGCAACCAGGAGGGAAAUGGCACAAUACUGCCACCUACCUCAUGCCCAGACGGAACGUGUGAUGGAUGUAACUUUCAUUUUAUGUGGAAAACACGACUAGCAUGCCGUAUAUGUACCAAAGACGAUUAUGAGACAAACAAAUGA